CUCUCACCCAGUAUCGGCCACCGGGACCCAAUCGGUGACCAAAGCAUGCAUCAUGCUCAUGCUACUAGUGUCAGAUUCAAAGCUUUGAGAACUGCUGGAUUCAGUGCCAUGGUGUUCCGUAGAUGUUUUCAUGUCGCUCCUUUUGUCUUCCCAUGCCUGCAACCCAGUCUACUUCCCUGCGCUCAGUGUGUGAUGGUUAUCAUCCCUUCUUCCCUCCUUAUUCCUUGUUGCUAAAGCUAAAAGGGAUGCCUUCUCCCAUGUCUCCAUCCUCCUCAGAUUCCUCGCACCAUCACUGCCCAAAAGAGUAUUCGCCGAGAGACCAGUGAGAACCUAAAGAAAGAGAGGGAUUCCUCUUUCGCCUGGCAUAAUUGGCUUCCGUUACUUCUCGCUGUUCGCCACAGAGAAGGGUCGCAUGACGGCGUCCGCGCGCAGGCUGCUGGGCGCGUUCUCCGAUACGCACGCGGCGGCCAACGGGACCAGGCCGCACACGGGCAGCGGCAAUGCGGAUUUCGACACCAACAUGGUCAUCAUCCUGGCGGCGCUGCUCUGCGCCCUCAUCUUCGCGCUGGGGCUGAACUCCAUCGUGCGGUGCGCGCUGCGGUGCGGGCGGCGGCUGGCGUUCGAGACCCCCGAGGAGGCGGCCACCAGGCUGGCGGCGACGGGGCUCGAGAAGCGGGCGCUCCGCCGCAUCCCCGUGGCGGUGUACGGCUCCGGGGCCGACAUCCCCGCCACCGACUGCCCCAUCUGCCUCACCGAGUUCGCCGACGGCGAGAAGGUCCGGGUGCUCCCGCGGUGCCACCACGGGUUCCAUGUCAGGUGCAUCGACAAGUGGCUGGCUUCCCACUCCUCCUGCCCGACCUGCCGGCAGUCGCUGCUCGACCAUGGCACGGGGGACGGCGCAUGCCGCAGCAACGGCGGCGGACAUGGCGAGCUCACACUGGCCUAGCCAGUUGAGGUCCUCAGCUCUGGGUUCUUCUCGACAAUCAAAUUGUUUCGGCAUGUAAAUUUGUAGGCUUGGCAUGGAAACAGAGGAAGAAGAUUGUCAAAAACAACUCUUCUUUUUCUUGAUUUCUUUAUGACUUUUUUUUUUUCUAUUUUAUUUUUAGAGACAAAAAUGAUUUCUGUUCUCCUAUUUAAAAUUCUAGCUUUAGAGUCUAUUUAUGAACACAGACUAAGAAAUCAACAAUUGGCUCUCAUUAUA